AUGCAGAAGCCCACUUAUAGAGAGAUCUUAAAAUUGAUCAAGAAAAUACCAGAUGAUAUUUUAAGACCACAUGCUAAUUUAAAAAUUAUUUUGCGUCAAAGAACUUAUAAUUACUUUAAACAAAAUGGAAAGGAAAAAAGUAUAGAAUCAAACGAUUCAGCACAAAAUAUUAACGAAUCUCAUGAUCAAUAUCUUGCAUUACAGUAUUUAGUAAGCAAUAAAUAUAAAUUAAAGUUUCCAUUAUCUAAAAAAAUGCUUCAUCCACCAAGAGAUCCUAAUUAUUAUCAGAGAAUAAUCGAAUCAAUUAAGCCUAAACCUUCUUUAUCUUCAAUAUUUGCAAAGUGGUUUGGUUUUAGAUAA